AUGUUGCAUUUGCCCUACAACUCCUCCUCUGAUGAGUAUUUGUUUAUCGUGGCAGAUGACAUAGAGCAAGAGGACGACGACAGGGAUGUUUCCAUUGGCAACGCAGGAGCGGGUAGAGGGGCAACCAUGGUGACGAAUGGUCCACCCGUGAGGGCGAAGCUGGGUAUGAGCUUGGACCUGCAGCAGGCAGUGCACGCCACGCUUGCGGCGCUGCAGGCCUCCGGACUCCCCACUGCCCCAUUUGCGCCGAACAAUGGGACUCGCUCCGGCACCUGUACUGGCAGUGGUUCUGGCUCCAACGACACGGAGGAUGCAACGCACGCCUCAGAGUUGAAGCGCGCGAUGGCAGCUAUCAUGGAGCCAUCUAAGCUCUCGUCCCGAUGUGUGGCAGUGUUUCAGAAAUGCAUCACCGAAGGUGAUGGAACUGGUGACAAGGGUCUCAACAUGUGGCCGGACCACAAGCUGGUGGUGCAGUGGAGUGCGGCUACGGGCGCUGUCUGGGAGAACCAGAAGGAGAGGCCGCUGUACUGCCUCAACCAUUCGACAGAGCGCAGCACCACCUGGUCGGCAGUCGCGGCUCGCAUGCCCGGUGGCAUCACCCGCGACGGCCUGCCCUUCAGUGUUGACGAGUUUGAGAUCUUCAUUGCUGCUGCCUACUGGCGCCUCUUGUCGCGCAAGGUGCUGCGUAUCUACCCGUACACGCUGGCGUUCGCCUUGUAUGGGGUGAGUGCUCUGUAG